CUGAAAGAUUACAAGAUAUUCCGACUGGAGAUCGUUGACAGGCUGAGCACGAAUGACGAUUUUAUAAAUAUAUGUUAUUCAUAUGGCGUAACUGAUAGAGAAACGAUACCUAUGACUUUGGAAGCCAACAACCCUGAUCAACAUCUCAACAACAGCCAUGAACGUACUGGUCAGUCCACAGGUGUGCCUCUAUGGUACCAUUUUACACCUCCUCAUGGAUGGAUGAACGACCCAUGUGCCCCAGGUUAUGACACAGAGACCAAGCUAUACCAUAUUUUUUACCAAUGGAACCCUAAAGGAAUCGAGUGGGGAAAUAUGUCCUGGGGCCAUUCUGUCAGCAAAGAUCUCGUUCACUGGGACAGAGUGGGCGGCGACCGACCAGCGCUUGAACCGACCUCUGAAUAUGAUCGAGAAGGCGUUUUCACUGGCUGCUUCCAACCUAGUGGGAUGCAUCAAGAGAAAAAUCAGCUCACAGCCUUUUACACCUCGGUGAACAAGCUACCUUUGAAAUUCAACAUCCCAUAUCACUAUGGACAAGAGUCACUCAGCUAUGCCACCUCCACUGACCAAGGCAAAACUUGGACGAAAGGCUUUGAAAACCCCAUCCUGAAAGGCCCUCCAGAAUCCAUCAAAGAGAUGACCGGCUGGAGAGACCCUUACAUACAGAAAUGGGCAGCGUUUGAUAAGGCUUGUGGGGUAUCUACAGAAUCCCUUUAUGGCAUUAUCUCAGGCGGCAGCAAAGGUAUUGAGCCAAACUCUUACAUUUAUGAGAUCGAUGCCAACGACUUGUCCAGAUGGAACUACCUCGGACCUUUGGUGACUAGUUUAGGACUUAACUUUAGGCCAUCUAAGAAGUGGUCUGGUGAUUUUGGAGUCAAUUGGGAGGUCACGAACUUUAUGACUUUGGAGGACGGUACUACAUCCCAAGAGUUUCUCAUUUUGGGGGCUGAAGGCGGUGCACAGCGCGAUCAUUUGGUGAACAUGGUGUUACCGGAAGGUCUUCAAGAACGGACAGCCCGCUGGGGACUUUGGAUGUCGGGCGAUCUGGUUAAAACCGGUGACAAUGUACAACUCCAGUACAAAUACGGCGGAAUCCUUGAUCAUGGCGUUUACUAUGCUGCCAACUCAUUUCAUGAUCCAGUACACAAUCGCCGGGUUGUUUGGGGCUGGGUACCGGAGGAAGACAUCCCAGUCCGUCAUCUUGAGACGCGCGGCUUCAAUGGCUGUAUGGGAAUCUUGCGAGAAUUAUUCUUGGUCACCAUCCCUAAUGUCGUUGGAACUUUGCGAACCCCUUUGGACCAACUACCCACAAUCCAGCUUAUUCCUAAUGAACAUGGCACCAACACCCUACACACUCUUGGCAUCCGACCUCUAAGGGAGUACGACCUUGUUCGUGGCAGACCUAUAUAUAACGUUGACAAUCUAGCGCUACCAGCGGCUGACUUUGCGUUGUACGAGACUUCCGUGCGCUCUAAGAGAUGGGUGAUGGAAUCGAUCAUUGAGGUGAAAGCAGGAUGUAAAAGCGUUGGAGUGGUUUUCCGCCAGAACAAGGAAAAAAGCGUUUUCUCUAGCAUUCUAUUCGAUCCCUUGGAGGAGGAAAUUGCCGUCAACAGAGCGUACUCCAACAAUGACGAUGCUAUCAGCAAGUGCCAGGAAAAAGGGCCGCAUACACUCUUCCAGAUGGACAACAACGGCGUUAAAUCGCAAGAGAAGCUUAAGCUUUCCAUUUUCUGCGACGAUUUUGUUGUGGAAGUCUUUGCCAACGACAGAUUUGCUUUAUCCACCACGGUUUACGUUGACGAUGCGGAUGCUUUGGGUAUCAGCUUGAUGGCUGCUGGUGAAUUAGGAAGUGCGGUGUUUGAAAGCACGACUAUUUGGCAGAUGGAACAACUAAACUUAGUGUAAAUUGAGUAAAGUAGCUUGUGAAUAACAGUGUAUCCAAUAAAUUCUAUA